AUGAAUAACUAUCGUAUAAAAGAUCCCACGCCUUUUGGUAAACAGUUUAUGGUUGAACAAUUUAACAAAGAGUUCCAGUUAGAUAUAACUUAUAAGUUUUUCAAAGAAAAACUUGAUACCAUGAAAAAAAAGUACAAGAAAUACAAAGAGCUUCUAAGUUCAACGGGUAUAUCGGUUGAUCCCAUUACAUCCGAAAUCGAUGCUUCUAAAUCAUGGUGGAAAGAUCGUGAAUCUCAAUAUUCGGCCAGCCAAAGAAGAGAAGAAAUGAAGAAUGAAGAAACAAAUGAAGAUAUGUUGUAUGAAGACACGAAUGGUGGUGAAAUGUCAGACGAUCAAGAUCCAGAAACACAACACAACGAAGAAAUUCCUGGUUCAAGAGUCCAACAAAGAGGCAGAGCAAGACGAGGAAGUACUUUACAAAGACCAUCGGUCAAAUCAGUUUUACAAGGGAGUGGUUCACGAGGAAGUAAGAAAAAACAAUCAUUUGAAACCACCCUAACAGAUACAAUGGCUGGAUUUAGGGAGUUCCAACGCCAAAGCUUACAACAGUUACGUCCAAAUUCCUUUGACCAAGAUGACUACGAUGAUUUUGAUGUGGCUGUGAAGAUAUUUGAAUCGAUGGGACUUCCAAAUGACACCAAAUUUUACUGGGCGUGCAUCAACGAAUUCAGGGAAGAUACAUUCUGGCGUAAGUAUUUUAUUGAUAGAGCUGAAAAUACUUUUGAAGAAAAGGUUCAGUUCUUACAAGCUUUAAGUGGAUUUACACGUGAUGAUCAGUACAUGGGGAAGCGAUUAAGCUCUGGUAAACCUUUUGGGAGUCCAAGUUCUGGUGGCGUUCAUUCAGGUAGUUCAUCUUCUGGAGGUAAUAAUUCAUGGGGGCAAACGGUAAAUGGACAAUGGGGUCAACAACCACGUGCCCCGCAGUGGGGUACACCACCAUCUUCUCAACAAUGGGGUACACCUCCAGCUGCUCAACAAUGGGGUACACCUCCAGCUGCUCAAUAA